CUCCCAAGUUUGGUCUACCGCACGCUUACCGAAAUAGCAUUUGUUGACUUUUAGACAUUACAUAAUGGGCGGAGGACACCACCACGCUCCUGCGGGGCCGGAGCCCAGCUGGGCUAAGCAGCUCGCACCGAAGUCGGGCCUUUGCCCCCCAGAGUUUCACUAUAACCGCGAAAUCUGGUAUCCUCAUGGUGGCUUCUACUGCGACCCCAAGGGCUGGCGGAAGAACACCCUGCUCACGCUCGGGGGUAUUGGCGUGCUGCUCUACAUGACCUUCUCCUACUCCACAGCGAACGAGGUCCGGCACAUGCCCCCCAAGGGCUGGAUUCCCAGCAUUAUGUGGAACUCCAACGUGCCGGACCCCGUGGACUUCCGUGGGCGCAAGCUGAACCGCGACGGGACGCUGCCGGAGGGCGAGAGCAGUGGCCAUGGCCACCACUAGACAUGCCGUGCCAUGGCGGUGCGCCGUGCAGACAACUAGCAGCUGCCGGAGCUGAGGCAGGCGCCCUGCCGGGCUGGCGCGGGGGAGAGCAGCACCUGCAGGAGGGCUUCAUUGGUUGCGGUGGCGUUUGACGGGGGCCUGCUGGGUCGUGUGGAGGGGCCGCGGCCAUGUCGUGGCAGCCGUUGGUGAUGUUCCAUUGUGUUAGACGAGGCGGGGCGGCAGCGCAUUGUCCUGCGGGGCCGCGGAGGAGAUUGCUAUCAAGGCUUAUAUCUGAUGGGGGAGACAGCAUAGGUAGUUUGGUGACUGAUGAGCCGGAGAGCAUGGGGUAAGUGCAGGCAGGAUCAUGUGUGAAGUGGGAAUUUAGGAAGGUUUCGCGCGCGAGGGUCCGGUAGCAAGGGGCUAUCUAUCAGCUCUCGCAGACUUCCAGGCGCACAGACAAAUGCGUCAUGUAACAUGAAAACGUG